CACAAUUAAGUGGUCCAUUGGUUUUUAUGAGUCAUGAUAAGGAGAGUCUCAAUUUUUAAUGGUCAUUACAAUUUUUAAUGGUCAUUAUUUGGGUGGUAAUGGCUCAUGAUUUCUUGAUGGUAGAAUCAAAUAUAUAAAUUAGCCUUUGGUCCCUAAGCUCAAUCUUAAUUCACUAUUCAGAAAAUAUACACCAUCUAUAUUGUUGAGAGUAAGAGCUUGGAAGACUAAAAGAGCAAUUCACUCAUAACUCUACUGUAACAAUGGCUGGAGCUUCUCAACCUGCUAAUUUUUCUGAUAUUCGAUGUGACAUUCCCGAGCUCAAAGGAGAUAACUAUAAGGUGUGGAAGGAAAGGAUCCUUCUCCAUUUAGGGUGGAUGGACAUAGACUAUGCUAUUAGGAAAGACGAACCACCUGCAGUUACUGAAGAGAGUACUCCAGCUGCAGUUGCACUAUAUGAGCGGUGGGAGAGAUCCAACCGGCUCAGUGUGAUGUUCAUUAAGACUAAGGUUACAGCUGGUAUUCGUGGUUCUGUCGAUCAGCAUGAGAAUGUCCGUGAUUUGUUGAAAGCCAUUGACGAUCAGUUCGUCACUUCAGAAAAGGCUUUGGCAAGCACAUUGAUUAUGAAAUUUUCUUCCUACCGACUCACCAGUGUGAAAGGUGUGCGCGAACAUAUAAUGAAAAUGCGCGACAUUUCAGCUCAACUUAAGAAACUUGAGGUUGAUAUGUCUGAGUCCUUCCUGGUGCACUACAUUCUGAACUCUCUUCCAGCUGAGUAUGGGCCUUUUAAAAUUUCAUAUAAUACACAUAAAGACAAAUGGUCAAUCAAUGAAUUGAUGACCAUGUGUGUUCAAGAAGAAGAAAGGCUUGUGAUGGAACAGGGUGAGAGUGCAUUGCUGACAACCACUCGCGGGAAGAACAAAGCUAUCAAAACUGACAAGGCUCAAGCAAAUCAAAAGGGUAAAUUCAAAAUACCACCUCAAGGUGAUAUUAAGAAGGAGGACAAGUGUUUUUUCUGUAAAAAGGGAGGACACAUGAAGAAGCAAUGCCCUAGAUUUAAGGAAUGGCUUGAGAAGAAAGGGUAUGCAAAGCCUAAGGAAGCCAGUGGGAAGUGAGCAAACUGUCCUAUCAGGAAGCAGGAUGGGCUCACAUGUGGAAGCUAUUGGAACUUGCAUUUUAAUUUUGAAUAAUGGUUUUAUUUUGAAAUUAGAAAGGACCUUUUAUGUACCAAGUUUCUCACGAAACUUGAUUUCAGUUUCAAGACUUGUACCUUUUGGAUAUUCCUUUAAUUUUAAAGACACGUCAUUUGAAUUAUUUUAUAAUUCGGAAUGUG